AUGUCAACACUCGAAGAUCUCGACGACCUUGAGCGCCACGAGAAGGAGGAGAAGAAGGAUGAAGACAAGAAAGACGAUGGCAAGGACGGCAAGAAGGCCGACGGUGAUGCGGAGAUGAAGGAUGCGGAGCCAGAGGAGGAACAGCUCGACGAGGAGAUCCUCAACUCAAGUACACGCGACAUCAUCGCGCGGCGGCGGUUACUGGAGAAUGACAUGCGCAUCAUGAAGAGCGAAUACCAGCGUCUCACGCAUGAGAAAGCAUCGAUGAAUGAGAAGAUCAAGGAUAACCUUGAGAAGAUUGAGAACAAUCGACAACUACCGUACCUUGUCGGCAACGUCGUCGAGAUUCUUGAUCUGGACGUAUCAGCGGAGGCAGCGGAGGAAGGUGCAAACAUUGAUCUCGAUGCCACCCGCGUAGGCAAGUCUGCAGUCAUCAAGACAUCGACGAGGCAAACCAUCUUCCUGCCCCUCAUUGGCUUGGUAGACCACGAGAAGCUCAAGCCUGGCGAUCUCAUCGGCGUAAAUAAGGAUUCAUAUCUAGUCCUGGACACACUACCUGCAGAAUACGACAGCAGAGUCAAGGCCAUGGAGGUUGAUGAGAAGCCAACGGAGAAGUAUACUGAUGUUGGCGGUCUCGACAAGCAAAUUGAGGAGCUAGUCGAGGCUGUUGUAUGGCCGAUGAAGGAGGCGGAGCGAUUCAAGAAGAUCGGCAUCAAAGCACCAAAGGGUGCUCUCAUGUACGGCCCUCCUGGUACCGGCAAGACGCUUUUGGCACGAGCCUGCGCUGCACAGACCGACGCCACCUUCCUCAAGCUCGCCGGACCACAACUCGUACAAAUGUUCAUUGGUGAUGGCGCGAAGCUCGUGCGUGACUGCUUCGCCCUAGCAAAGGAAAAGGCACCCUCGAUCAUCUUCAUUGACGAACUCGACGCCGUCGGCACCAAGCGAUUCGACUCUGAAAAGUCUGGUGACAGGGAAGUGCAACGAACCAUGUUGGAACUUCUCAACCAGCUCGACGGUUUUGCGUCUGAUGACCGGGUCAAGGUGCUCGCAGCGACGAAUCGGGUAGAUGUCCUAGAUCCUGCCCUGCUCCGUUCCGGUCGUUUGGACAGGAAGAUUGAAUUCCCGUUGCCCAACGAGGAGGCUCGGGCACAGAUUAUGCGCAUCCACUCACGGAAAAUGACAGUGGACGAGGGUGUGAACUGGCAAGAGUUGGCUCGCAGUACGGAUGAGUUUGGUGGUGCGCAGUUGAAGGCUGUAUGUGUUGAGGCUGGCAUGAUUGCUCUGCGAACGGGUCACCAAAAGAUUAGCCACGAGCACUACGUGGAUGCCAUUUCUGAGGUGCAGGCGAAGAAGAAGGACACGGUCAACUUCUACGCAUAG